AUGGCGAGUUCAGGUGGCGAAACCGAGAUGAAUGAUUCAUCAAAAGAAGAGAAAACCAUCACGAGAAAGUUUUGGCUUUUCUUUCUCUUCUUGCUAGUCGAUUUGGGAUCUUCUAUCAUUCUCAUGACUCCACUCAUCCCGAGAAUUUACAGACUCGAGGGAACUUCCAACGUAUUCAAGCUUCCUGAAUCCAUAAUCGACCUCGGUAUUCUCAGCGCUGCGAGAUUCGCCUUUGCAAUGAUUGCAUUCUUGUAUUCCUUUUCUGCUGCAGAAGUACGACCGGAGUACCCGUUUGAUUUGUACAAACCGAAUGGGGACAAGAAGUCAAGCUCAGAAUUGGAACAGGAAUCGCUGGAGCAGAGCUUCCUUUCGUGGUGCAGAAACUAUGUCUUCCGAGCUUCCUUUCCUUGCGAAUUCGUCUCGUUGAUCACUGGAGUGCUUUGCAUUGUCAAGUGUUUGGUUCGACUCAAUCUGGAAGUUGGGACCCUUGUGGACGCGGAGAAUCUUCAUCCUCUGAUGUGGUCGGCGAUUACUGCCGCUGCUGUGUUUUCCGCUACUGAAGCGAGCUUUUUGGAUUCUAUCUGUUGCUCUUUGGCUAAGCUCGGAGAGAUUCGCCGAAAGAGGGGAGACUCCUCCUUGCUAGAAAGAGCGGCAUCGUCGCUAAGCGAACCACUUUUGAGUGGGGCAGAUGAAGAAGUUCCGGAAUCGUUAGAAACUUCCAGUCAACAAGAUGAUGAGAAUGAGCGUGGCGUGAGCGACAUCGCUGCCGAUGCAAACUACAAGGCCCAAUGGUCUGAUUUGGUGUCACUUUGCAAGCCCGACUUGCACCUAAUACUUGCUGCAUUUGUGUUCCUUCUGCUUGCAGCCGGAGCGCAGAUUUACAUCCCUAAAUGUACAGGAUUGAUUCUAGACGGGCUAUCGCAUGAAUUUUCUGGUGAUACCACUGAUGCGGACCGUCACAAGAAGAUGUCUGACGUACCGGGAUUCACAGAAAAUGUAAAACUGUUGAUCAUCUUUUCGAUAUUGGGUGGUGUUUUCUCUGGUUUGCGAGGAUCCAUCUUUACAGUUGUGGGUGGUCGAGCGAAUGUACGCCUGCGAACCAAGCUCAUGGACUCUCUGCUUGUUCAGGACAUUGGAUUCUUUGAUACCACCAAAACUGGAGACAUUACAAGUCGUCUAUCAAGUGAUACUACCCUCGUUGGUGACCAGGUUACUUUGAAUGUCAACGUCUUUCUUCGUUCCCUUGUUCAGGCAAUCGGGGUGUUGAUAUUUAUGUUCAGGUUGUCGUGGCAACUUUCCAUUUUGGCUUUUAUCUCUGUGCCUGCUAUCACCAUCUUGUCAAAGUGGUACGGUAUGUUCAUUCGAAGUCUUACGAAAGUGAUGCAAACCAAGCUGGCAGACGGAAAUUCCUUGUCAGAAGCGGCUAUUAGUUCCAUGCCCACCGUUCGCGCUUUUGAUGCUGCCACAACUGAAUUCAAAGAGUUCGAAGAAUGUAUGCAACACUACCUUGAUUUGAAUAUGAAAUCGGCAAUUGCGUACAGUGGGUAUGCAACUGUCUCCACCUCUCUUCCUCAGUUGGUGACUGCCCUCGUUGUCUUUUAUGGAGGGCUACUGGUGCGAAAUGGCGACUUGACGAGUGGUGAACUCGUUAGUUUCCUUCUGUACUUGCAAUCUCUAUCUGACGCGUUUGCAAGUAUUGGAUACAUCUUUUCGAGUCUCACACAAGCUGUUGGAGCUGCCGACAAAGUCUUUGAACUCAUGAACCGUAAACCUCAGCUCAAAUCUGAGUACCAUAAGCCCUGUAUGCACAGCGCCGUGACAUUGGUUUCAAAGACUCGAAAAACUGGACUCGAUCCUGAGACAUGUCAAGGAGACAUUGUUCUCGACAACGUUGAAAUGUACUACCCAGCCCGACCGAAGAGAAGGAUCUUGAAUGGACUUUCCCUUCGAGUACAGCCAGGGAAGAUAGCUGCCUUGGUUGGCCAAAGUGGCGGAGGAAAAAGUAGUGUGAUCUCAUUGGUCCAGCACCUGUACGAACAAUCGAAGGGCAAGGUCAUGAUCGACGGGAAAGAAGUGCACGAGCUCAGUCCGAGAUGGUUGAGCCGAAACAUUUCGAUAGUGUCACAAGAACCGACUCUAUUUGGUCGAUCAAUCAAGAGAAAUAUCAUCUAUGGCCUAGAGGGUACUCACUUGGAACCGUCGGAUGAGGAAAUCGUGAGGGUUGCAAAGCUUGCCAAUGCUCAUGAUUUCAUUGAGAAAAUGCCGCAAAAGUACGAUACAGAAGUGGGUGAAAGAGGUGUUCAGUUGUCGGGAGGGCAGAAGCAAAGAAUAGCCAUAGCCCGAGCAUUGAUUCGGAAACCAAAGGUUCUACUACUGGACGAAGCGACAUCGGCCCUUGAUGCCGAGUCGGAACACAUGGUUCAAGAAGCUAUUGAUCACAUGCUAGAGUCUGGGCGCUCAGGGAAUGAUUCUUCAGGGAUGACGGUGUUGAUUGUGGCACAUCGACUUUCGACUGUCCGCAAUGCUGACAUCAUCUUUGUUGUCAAGGAUGGUCAAGUAGUUGAAGAGGGGAACCAUACAGAACUUAUUGAGAAGCCUGAUAGUGCAUAUGCGGCUCUCGUUCAGCGCCAAAUGAUGGUGCAGAAAAAGCUGGAAGAGAAGUAG